AUGCGUGACGACUCAAGCUCCCAUCGAUGGGACCGCAGCCAGCUUUUGGUCAACAGCAGUCAUCUCUUCUCCAAUGCGACUCGAUCCAUUACUGUGACGCAAUACGAUCUUGGCGUCGCACAGCAGACCUGGGAAACUUCCUAUGGAGAUUACGACAACGACUCGGUCAUCACAGCUGUCAGGAAUGACGAUCACAUCCACCACCCCAUACCAUCUCAUGUUCCCCGAGAGCUCUAUUGCAGCCAUGCCGAUUUCUUCAGCGUCUCAUCCGUCUGUGCUGAAGUGAAGGAAGAGUAUCAGAGGCCUGAGCUCAUCACGGAAGUGAUUGGAGAAAUUGACGAGUUCCUGUCUGACCUUGAACUUGAAGACUGUCAGAAGGCACUUGCUUGGUACUACCGUGAAAGGGAUUUUUUCAUUGCAUCUCAAGAGCCUCUGCCCCUGAAAGUCCCGGCGAAGAACAAGCCAAUCAUUCACGGAAGUCAACCUAUAUACUCCAACGCUGAAGCAAAGCCAUUGUUCACCAUAAACGAGGAAGUCAACAACCACGGAAAUGGGCCUUCCAAUCAGCCGACUUUGCCUAUGGCCCUUCCUUUAACAAAGCACAAUGGCUUUGUUGACCCAUCCAUGGUCCUCGCACCUCUGAGUAUCAUUAAGCGAUCCAAGGCUGAUGCUAGCCGCAAAGUAAAGCGUCCAUCUACACUGCGUGCUCGAGGCAACAAAAGUCCAGCUGGACCCAGAGACAUUGAGCAUGCCAGAAGACAACAAAACAGGUUGCGCCCGGACUCGCCUCCAUCUCUCGGUCCUCUUUUCGACGAGAGCGCAUUUGGCACUCCUGUGAUUCCCUUUCUACCCAUUGCCGAGCCUCGUCAGCUCUUAUUUCCUUCGCCGAAUUCGAUCGCUUACCUCGAGCACGAGCUUUCUAACGGGAUCGAUCCCGACACGGAUGAUAUCGCUACGGUGAUUGAGGCUCCCACUGGCGCUGCUGGCGUUUCUCAGUGGGACGAAGAAGAAUCCAUUGACUUCUUGCUCGGCCCCAUCGAAAAUGCGCCGCCUCCCGUGCCACCACACAGGGUGCUUGCCCAGCCCCAAGACCCUUUGUUAAACCGAGGCGUUGUGCUCGGCUGGCUGGAAGAUUCGGAGACUGUCAGCGGUGGCCAAGGUGCUACCAGCCAUGGCGAGUUCGAUGCUCCUCGUCCCCGUCGUGUUCGGGACGUUGAUGACAGUCGCAAUGACGAAGCCGAUACCCCUUGUCCUCUUCGUGCUCAAGACGUCAAUGCUCGCGUCAAUGCCGGCAUCGAUGCUCUGAUCUACCCUAUUGUGGCGCCCGAAAACGACUUCGCGUAUGAUGAGGAGGACUCCCUUCACGAAGUCAUGACUGCUGUGAGUGAGACCCAAGCAACUGACCUAGAUGAGCAGCUUCGGCUCCUAGGUCCAGUCUAUCCUAGCAGAAUCCUCCUGUGGCCUUUGCACCAUCCCACCACGGAGAUUGAACCAGAGAAUGCCUCUCAAGAGGGCUACGAGCGUAGUCAAUCGACUCCCGUAUCGACCGCCACUGAUGAGCUUCCCGAGAGCCCCAAGUUGUUUUUGUGA